GCACGCGCCGGAGCCAAUCGAAACGCAGCGCAGCUCGCAAGCGCAGUUCCGCGAAACUGGGCAGAUGCGGCCCCUGCCGCCGCGGGCGCUGAAAUACAAAGCCAUUCUUGGAAUUAGAUUCCUAGAACUUCCGUCAACUGCAAAACUGAAUUUACAAGAGAGGCGUUUUCUCACCGUCUUUCCGUAGAAUAGAAUAGAGAACAGAACAGUGUCUGGUGAGCGGAUCACUGCGCUGGACUUUACCCUCUAUUUUUGCCGAGGUUGAAACUGACACGUUGGAGAUUUUAGUUUUUACCAAAAUAAGUUAUGAUUAUUUUUCUUUUAGAAAAAAUUCUGAAUAGUCUAUUGAGUUAAUGAGAAUACUUUUGUUAUUCGGAUUAUUGGCGCCAUGACAACAUCAACUCAGUGACUGUUCCUACAACAUAUAAGAAUCACUGGGUUUGUUGGAUAUGUUUAAACUGGAUUCAUAUUCAUUAUGAUUUCUUGUGUUCAAAGGGCUCUGUUGCCAGGGCCACCUUCAGAUAUGAUUGCCAGGACGAUGAGCAGCAUGCAGCAGGAUUAUGGUGAGAGAGGAGAGUCGUGUUGUCAGAACCCAACUGCCCCUCUCUACGACCCUACAGAGGACCUCUGCUGCAUCACCACCACCUUCCAGUACCUGCAGAACUCAGGUUGGUACUGGGGGUCCAUUUCAGCCAGUGAGGCUCGAGACGCUCUCCUGAAGGUGUCAGUGGGAACCUUCCUGGUACGCGACAGCAGCCACCCUCUCUACAUGCUGACCCUGUCAGUGAAGACGGCUUGUGGCCCCACCAACGUACGCAUAGAGUACAGCAGGGGUCGCUUCCGGCUGGAUUCCAGCUCCCCAGGCCCCCCUCGCUUGCUGUCCUUCCCUGACAUCUGCAGCCUGGUGCAACACUACGUAGGCUCAGGCCAGACACAACAGGGCAAGAGAUCGGAGUCAGAGGACCCUCCUAAACCUAAAGCCAAACCCAGCCCUUCCCAGCCCUCAGCGAAGGACAAUGCAGUACUGCUCAAGCUGAUGCGUCCCCUGCCUCAGGCCUUCCCCUCUCUCCAGCACCUCACACGCCUCACCAUCAACUGCCAAACCGACUGUCCUGACCAGCUGCCCCUGCCACGCCCACUGAUGCGCUACCUGCAGGCCUACCCUUUCCAGGUAUGAGGGUCCUCUGGCAGCCAUCCCUGCCCAAGGAAGGGCACACAGCAGCACCAGGGACCUCCCAGUGAGGGUCAGAGGUUAUGACCUUAUGCUUAUAGGGUCAGAGAUAGCCACUGACUCAGCUCAGCUGGACAGUGGCACUUGGAAAGGUAGGACUGUACAAGUCUCACUGGGCCUUGGGCAGCUCGUACAGACAUCCAUGAACUGGACUCUUGAAAUUACAUUUUUAUAACCAUUUAUACUGUUUACUUAAUUUUUUUCACGGAUUUUAUAAUAAUUACAUUAUAUGGAUUUUGUGUCUAUUGUUUUAAAUACAUCUAUUUUAUAGUAAAAUAAUAAAGGAUGUCUCUUCUACGUC